UUUCACUUAUCAAGAUUAAUACCUGUGGCACUUGCAUGGUAGACGCCAGUGAAGCAUACACAGAAGCCCAACAUAUUUCCAUACUCUGAAUCGGUGUCAUUACCAUAAAUGACAGCGAAUUUCCAUAGAAUCCUUCUGAAGUUGGUUCAAACCAGCCACAAUUUUGUGUGGAAGCCGCAAACAUGAUCCUCAAGACUAUUGCGGCCCUCGGGGCUUUGGCUUCGUUCACGAGCGCGCACAUCGUAAUCCCGCAUCUACUCGUCGACAAAAAAGACACGGGUCUUUGGAAGCAUGUCCUCGAGGUUUCAGCUCCCGAUGAAACGUGGACUGGACCCUAUUACUAUCCCGGUUUAAUCAUUCCCCUCGAAGCUUAUGAUUCGCUGGACGGGGAAAACAUUACUUGUGGCCGUGCAGCUUUCAACUCUCUGGGAAAGACCGAAAUCGCGGAUGUAGUUGCAGGAGAGGAGAUCGGCUUUAAAACGUGGUAUGAAGUUGAUAAUGGAGAGCCAUGGACGGCAGAAACUACCUACAGCUUCUAUCACACCGGACCAGCUCAAGUGUAUCUUUCUCGCGCCCCUAAUGAUGAUCUGAAGUCUUACCAUGGCGAUGGAGAUUGGUUCAAAGUCGCGUACGCCGGCCCAAAGAAUUCUAAAUCGUGGGAGCUAGAUGGGCCCCACCGAAACGACUUCAACUUCACACUGCCACGCACUACGCCACCAGGCGCAUAUCUCAUGCGGUUCGAAUACAUUUACGUGACUGCGUUCAACACCACACAGUUCUACGUCAGCUGCGCGCUCGUCAAUGUCAAGUCUCCCGGUCCCUCCGUUGAGCCUGGAAAACCGGCAGGUUUUGCAAGGUUCCCUGGGACGUAUAAGAUCGAGGAUCCUGGUAUUACCGUCCCAAGAAGCCAAGACAGGAUCAACGGCGGCGUAGAGGUUAAUCUGUUGGAGUACAAACCUCCAGGCCCCCCGGUAUGGGAAGGAUAG